GGCCCAAGUAUCCAGGACAAUUUCCAUAGUUGAGAUCAAUAUAGUCCUAAAUUCAAAAGAUCGCUAGAAACUUGGUAUUUUCCCCUUCAUUGCUUCGGCAAGUGAGUUGACCAUGGAUGACUCUGAGGAUUUCAACAUCCCUUCAGAACAACGCCGCGCACUCCUCCGGGACCUCGAAAGUGUCCUUGGCGACUUAUCUAUUCCGUGCCAUUGGUGGGCUACGUUCAUCUUAUGUGAUAUUGAGAGGCUCAAGGGUAUCGUCGAGAAGAUCAGAUUAGAUCCCGCGGUUGAACAGCUAGGCAUUCCCUCAUGCUGGACGCUUCUUCGCUGUUGGUGGUCUGAGGAGAAGGUAAAGAGAUGGGUGAUGCAUACUUUGAAUGGGCCCGGGAAUUCCACCGCGCCGGUAAAGACUCUCCAGAACUUGAUCACAUUAAGUUGCUCCCUGCAUGCUUAUUGGACCUGUGGGGGAUUCGUGCUAAGGCCAGAGCCAGAACGCCCCACCAGUAACAAGGAAAUGAAAGUUCAGUUUCUCUGA